UGAGGAGUCUCCUACCGGGUCCGCCUAAGCGAGGGCUGGGCUAAGAUGGCGGCGCCCGUCCUGCUGCGAGUCUCGGUGCCGCGCUGGGAGCGGGUGGCCCGCUACGUCGUGUGUCUGGCCGGGAUUAUUCUUUCGCUCUACGCCUGCCAUCUGGAGCGUGAGAAGGGUCGCGACCUCCAAUACCAGGCACUCUGUGACCUCAGCGAGCGUGUCCGGUGCUCCUCUGCCAUCUCCUCCAGAUGGGGUCGAGGAUUUGGCCUACUAGGCUCCAUUUUUGGAAAAGACAGUGCAAUAAAUCAACCAAACAGCGUUUUCAGUCUUGUAUUCUAUAUACUACAAAUGUUGCUUGGUAUGACAGCAAGUGCAGUAGCAGCGCUGGUCCUCAUGAUGUCCUCCAUAGUGUCAGUAAUAGGAUCUUUGUACCUGUCUUAUAUUCUGUACUUUGUGCUGAAGGAAUUCUGCGUAGUCUGUGUUAUCACAUACUUGCUGAACUUCGUUCUCUUGAUCAUCAACUACAAACGACUAGUAUACUUGAAUGAGGCCUGGAAACGGCAGCUCCCACCCAAACAGGAUUAACUGCUUUGCAAAACUUUUGACUGACAGUUUGAAGGCCCGGCUUCUGUUUAUAUUCAUUUCCACAGUAAAAAGAUUUUUUUUAAUUAUUAUUCAUAUCACUUGCUUUCCCCAGGAAUCAUAGCUAAUUCAGUUAGAAUGACUCAAAGGAUAGGGGCCCUGGGUAACUCCUCAGUCAAUAGCUAUGGGGAGGAACUGUUUGCAAACGUCUUAAUCUGAUCAGAGACAAGCUUUAACUUUACUUUGAAGGAGUUCGCAGAGGCAUAUUCUUUACUCCUUCUUUACCCUUCCCCAAAUAUUCCAGGUAGGCUACAGAAAGUCUCCCAUCUCAGUGUGAAUUGAGGUAGGGGAAGUCUUAACUGGGAGAUUAUGAUUAUUCUAGACUUUAUAGGUACCAUAGGGAAAUGUUGCCCUGUUUACAUUAUGUGUAUUGGUAGCCAAGGGAAUUUGACCACACAGAUGGAACUAAAACAUUUACCACAACUUGGCGCAAAGUGGUAGAAAAGACUGGCUAUGUCCUGGCAAAGAAAGAUCAGCACAGCUCAACCAAGUGAUGACUUGAAGCAUAACUUUGAAGAACGGUUGAUUGUGUUAUUGAGAUGUUUUUUUAAAAAAAUGAAAUUGAAAUUAGUCUGUUUCCCUGGAGAAGAUUUGCAACAAAAGAUCUUUGCCAAGAUGCUGUUUUUCCUCAGGAUAUGUCUAAAGAAAAGGAAUUCAAAUGGCGUUUU